CUUUAAAAAAAUCUAAUGGGAUGAAACUGUAUGUACUUUGGUACAUAUAUGUUUAAAGUAUUCCACAUAAAAUCUUAUAAAAAUUGGGCAGAAAAUGACAAAAUCUUGAGAGUAUGAAGUCUUUUUUUCAUCGCGGAAUAAACAUAUUAUUCAAAAAGAAUCUACUAUUAACAAACAGUAUUACUUCUGGGGCGUUCAUGGGUAUUGGAGAUAUCAUCCAACAGGAAAUUGAAUACCAAUCAAAGGUUCUCCCAAGACGUUAUGACUGGCCAAGAACAGCAAGAAUGUUCAUUGUUGGAACAAUAAUGGGACCAAUGCACCACUAUUAUUACAUUUAUUUAGACAAGGUGCUUCCAUAUGCUGAUGUUAAGACAGUUGUAAAAAAAAUAGCAUGUGACCAGUUAUUUGCUUCUCCGGCGACACUUCUAUGCUUCUUUUAUGGAAUGGGUACAUUAGAAAAGAAAACUUUGGAGCAGAGUACACUUGAAGUAAAACAAAAAUUUGUUUAUGUUUACAUGGGCGACUGUUUAUUUUGGCCUCCAGUGCAAUUCCUAAACUUUUAUUAUUUACCAACACACUACAGGGUUUUCUACAUCAAUUUGGCGACAAUGCUAUUUAACAUAUUUUUAUCCUUUAUUAAGCAUUAUGAUCAAAAAAAAGUGUAAAUACAUGUUAUUUAUUUAACAUAUUUC